AUGGACGAAGCUAAGGGCGAGUACAAUAGUGGGUGGAUAUUCAAAUUAACUAUCUGUAAAAGAUUGCGGGUGUAUUUGUUUGCAUGGAUAUUUUUUUGUUCACAUAUUUUAAGAUAUAAUCAUUUCUACUAAACUUAUUUAUUAAUUUAUUUAUUGAAAUAAUUGUAUGCCCUUUCAUUUGAUCAUAUAGAUGUAACUAAUUCCGCCGAAUUCAGUAAAGAUACUGUCAAAUCUAGCCCUAAACGCAGUCAACGCGUUAGUUGCUCUCCUCACUCCCGCAGUCGCAGUCGAUCGCGUUCCUCUGAUAGCUACCAUCGACAUUCUAGGCGUCGUCACAGCAGUCCCUGCAGCGAUAGUCGAUCCAACAGUUCUCGUUCUUCAUCUAGAUCUUAUUCUAGAUCAGGCUCUCGCAGUCGUAGCAGGUCUCUUUCUUGUGGUAAUGAUGGCGCUUUUCCGGAAAAGGAUCCUCGUGAUCGCUCUAUGAGACAUAGUUGGUCAAACAAUGUAUGGUUGAUCGGUGAAAAAGUUAAAGAUCUCACAUUUCACAUUUGCGACAUCUGCGACAAACCUAUUGUCAUAUAUGGACGUUUAAAGCCCUGCAAUCACGUUUUCUGCUUUUCAUGCGCUCUGUCAUUACCGGGAAAGUGCCAUUGGUAA